CUAAUUCAUGACGUCACGAUCAAAUAUGUCUGCGCCCAUGCACGUAGUUGAAGGGUAAACAAAAAGUUGGAAAAAUCCGAAAAAUCAUCUAAAUCAUGCAACAUAGGGAUGGAUAAAUUUAGAACAAAUGAAGCAUUUGUUAAAGACGGAAAAGAAUGGGAGGAUUUAUCAAAAGCAUCUACCAAGAAGAGAGCUGAAGAAUUCAAACAACUCGAAGCUACUAGGAAUGACACGGACCCCUGUUACAAGGAAGGACAGAUGGCUUUAGAUUGCCUGAAAAAACACAUGUAUGAUAAAUCAAAGUGUGUGCUGGAAUUUGAAAAUACACGUGCCUGUAAAAAAUUUUGGAAUAAAGUUCAGUGGCACAGGUUUUUUGCGAGGAUAAAACCCAGCAUGCCUGAGAAGGAAGAGUGGGAGAACGUGAAGAAGGAGUACUCUAAGUGGCUGUCUAAAUAACUGUGGAAAGUUCAGUGACUGUGAAUUUAUUUUAUAGAAAACUAAAUAAUUUAUUAUGGAUGUGGUGAUAAAAAUUAAGCUCUCUUGGAACUGGACAAUGUAUGUGCCAUCUUUUUUGUUAGACAUGAAAUGAUGGUAUUGUUAAUAAAACUAUGUACAAUAAAAACAUAAAGUAA